UCUGUCCCGCUCCCGCCGCGCCGCUCCCUCCUCUUCCCUUCCCGUUUUCCCGGGAAGCCGCCGCCGGGCGCGGGGGCUCCGUGCGUGUGUCACCCGUGGGAUCGCCCCGGUGGCGCUGUCACGGCCCCAGAGUGUGAUGUCCAGGGUCAGAAAUGCCUUAUGUGGAUCGUCAGAAUCGCAUCUGUGGUUUCCUAGACAUUGAGGAAAAUGAGAAUAGCGGGAAGUUUCUGCGGCGGUACUUCAUCCUGGACACACGGGAAGACAGCCUGGUGUGGUACAUGGACAACCCACAGAAUCUUCCCUCUGGAUCUCCACCUGUUGGGGUCAUUAAACUUACCUAUAUUUCAAAGGUUAGCGAUGCAACUAAGCUAAGGCCAAAGGCAGAGUUCUGUUUUGUUAUGAAUGCAGGGAUGAGAAAAUACUUUCUACAAGCCAAUGAUCAGCAGGACCUAGUUGAAUGGGUAAAUGUUCUGAACAAAGCUACCAAAAUCACAGUACCAAAGCAGUCAGAUCCUCUGUGUCAAAUGGAUAAUGCAAAUCGUCAAGCUGAAAGCCCAGGUGGAAAGAAGCAAGUCUCUUACAGGACAGAAAUUGUUGGUGGUGUUCCCAUCAUUACACCUACCCAGAAAGAAGAAGUCAGUGAGUGCAGUGAAGGGGCUGACAGGAGUUAUUUGAAGCGAUCACAAAGUCACCUUCCUUAUUUUGCUGCUAAGCACCCCCCAGAUAAUGCUAUUAUCAAAGCUGGUUACUGUGUGAAACAAGGAGCAGUGAUGAAGAACUGGAAGAGAAGAUACUUUCAGUUAGAUGAAAACACAAUAGGAUAUUUCAAGUCUGAACUGGAAAAGGAACCUCUCAGGGUUAUACCACUUAAGGAGGUCCAUAAAGUCCAGGAAUGCAAACAAAGUGAUAUAAUGAUGAGAGACAAUCUCUUUGAAAUUGUAACAACUUCUCGAACCUUUUAUGUACAGGCUGACAGUCCCGAGGACAUGCACAGCUGGAUAAAGGCAAUUUCGGGGGCCAUUGUAGCACAGCGGGGACCUGGGAGAUCAGCAGCCUCCAUGCGGCAGGCCAGAAGGCUGUCGAAUCCUUGUAUACAGAGGUAUACAUCAAGAACUGGUGAAUGCAGCACGUUUGCACUGGGUUUUUUUUUCAUGCUUUUAAAUGAAUUGAAAGCUAAAAACGGCAAAACCACUGCUUACACUUCAAAGUGUGCUAAACACUUAAACGAGCAUCCCGAGCCUUGUUCCGAACCCAACCAUGCUGUCCGUCCUGCCGGCCCAGCCCCAGCCUCCUCACAUUCCAGCCCUCUGGUCCCAGCCCCUCACCCCAAACCCCCUGCCUUGGAGAAGCGAGGAUUUCACGAGUCUUUUACCAAGGCCAGGCCAGGGAGCUACAAGAUCCAGGCUGUCGCUCCAAGAGAAUCAGCUUCCAAAGUGACUGACCGGGGCCCCUGGGAACUCCGGAGUAAAAAUGGCACUCAGGAACAGGAUCCUGGCCUUGUGGAUCUGGAUGAUGCAAGCCUUCCAGUUAGUGAUGUGUAGGGAUGGAAGUGUUUGGAGAAUGAUCCAUUUGUUCGGUCCUCUAAUUUCCUUGCUUGGACUUUGAACCAAAGAAAAUUAUAGGAAAUGAGAACAAAAAACCGGAACACUGAUGUUAUAUAUAUGUGUGUGUGUGUGUUUGUGGGCACACACGUGUAUAUAUAUAUAAUGUGUUUGUAUUUUGCCUUUUCACCUGAGGGUCAGAAAUGGACCUUAGGCGUUUUCUCAAAGCCUGAUAGUAAAUCACUUGCUAGGGAGGGGCCAAACUGCACAAUUUAGAAAAAAAAACCAACCCAAAACACGUACAAAGGAAAAAAAAAAUUUUUAAUUCCCAAUCUGGCAAAUUUACCAAAUUUGCAACUAAUGCUAUAUUGUGGAGAACUUAUUGCCAACAAAUGUGAUUAUUUAAUUUCACCUUGAACUACAGUAAGAUUUUAGGCAUAAAUGAGAAUUGUUUCUCUCCAUGACUUUCAGAUAUCAGGAAAUGCACAAAAUGUUUCCUCUGUUCUUUAGUAUCAGCAGUGUCAACUGAUUUGUUAUCAGAACAAGAAUUCUGAACUCCCUUGGAAUUCUAGUUAUGGUGCUGUAAAAUUUCCACUAAAAUAAUAUUUUGACUAGUCAGCCUAUUUUUGAUGCACUCCUAAAGGUGGGUUAUAACUUUUUGCACAUUUGGAUUUCAAUGGACUGCAUGUAGUGAUGUUUUGGAGGGGGGGAGAAGAGAAAUUGGACUUUGGAAUUUGGACACUUUAGCUCUUUUGAACUAAGUAGGGUUUGUGUUACAUUAGGCUUUGCAGCAAUUAUGUUUCCUUAAAUGUUUAAAUGUAUCAUUUACUGUUUUUUGAGAGUGGUUUCCUUACCAGUGCUUUGUGAACAGUUCUUGUUUCUGUAUUGAUCAGUGGAAGACCUCGUUGUUUAGUUUUGUUGUUAUUGGUACUGAACUGUUCCUAGUCCUGCAAUCGUGGCCUAUAACUUUUGGUGCACUAAUAAUCUGAAGUGCCUGUGUUUUCUCUCACGCUGUUGAAACACUUUUGAGUUAGUUCAGUACACAAACCAUUCCCGAUGAUUUUGAGCGUUGGCUUGGAGUCGCUCUGGAUAGCAUAGUUUGAAACAGCUAUUUAAAAUAGGAGGCUUAUGUUAGGGAUACCAGUGUUCUGGUAUUGCACCCACUGGCUGUGCAAUAUAUGUGUUUAAAAAGUGAGUAUUUGUUGUGUGUGUACACUGUGUUAUGGGGCAUCAGUGAUGCGAAUGAGGAGAACCUUUUACAUUUCAAGUAUUGGAUUAGAUGGUGUGUACUUUUCAUCAUUUUUGAGAAAAUGUUUGCUUUAAUCACCCCCCCCCACAAAUAUCUCGUGCUGCUGCUUACUGUGAUUCAGAUUGUCCAGCUUUGCAAUACCUUUUUUGUCUCCUGGAACCUGAGAUACAUAUCAUUCAAGUCCAUCUUCUCUCCGACUUCCAAACUGACUUCCUGCUUGAGAGAUAUGGAUGGCAUUACCACAGCAAUUUGUUGAUCCCAGGAUAGAAUAAUUGGUGUCAUAUAAGGAAUAUAAUUAAUUUCAAAACCUUAAAUUAUAUCAGCACCUUCUUUUUGUUUUUUAUUUUAUCCAUAAGCUAACUAACCACUGUGUUAAGGCAGUGGUAUCUGUAAAUUACUGGUUUUGUUUGACUCUUUAGAUAUAUGUGAAAACUAGCACAGAAUUGGAAGUUACUGUAAAUGUCUGUACUAGUAUUGUAGGUUUUAAUUUCUAUAAAGAUAAAACAAUAGCUCUUUAAAAGCUUAUUUUUUCACAAGUACAUUCUGUGUGGAAGACACUUUGCAUUGAAAUAUUUUUACUGUAGUCUAACAUCUGAAUUCACUUGCUCUGGUACAGCUUUCACACUGCAUGGUCAUUUUAAUAUAUUUUGGUAUUGGCAAUUUUAAACAUUGGGUGGAGGUAAAGCAGCUCCAUUAUGGGACUUUUUAAAAGAGGGAAAAAGAAAAAAAGAGGAAAAAGAAAAGAACUACUGAUGUAGUUCGGUAGCAUAGCAAAAUAUUUGUGGUUGGUAAUUGUCAGGGUCUCCUAUUUAUCAGUACUUUUAUAAAUCUAUGAAAUUGUUAAAUUAUUUUAGAAACAGUGCUGUAAAUAUGUCACAUUUAAAUUGUCAAUAAAUCAGUUUGGGUAACUUAAAAUAA